UUGAGUGUUUUGAUGCUGCAGUGAAUAUUUGUGCCGUCAGCGUAAUGUGAUGUGAUGGUUUUUGGCCGUCUGAAGGACCAGAGGCAGAUCCUGGCAGUCGGCGCGAAGCUUUAAAACAUGCUGAGCGUUUCUGUGUCUGAUGGUCCGGCAGACUCCGCUGGUCGCACCGAACCGAGUUUAUCCGUUUGUUUCACCUCCUUCUGCAGGAUGGAGCAGAUUCUCACUGCAGAAGAGAUGCUGUUUAUGAGUGGACUGAGUGGAAAUGUUGCAGAACCGAACUAUGAUAAACAGCCCACAUUCGACUGGCCUGCUCAGGAAUCCGAGCUGCAGUACUGCAGUCUGACCAGCAGGGGGCAGAUCAACUCACACGCCGCCGCUGCUACCUCCGUCCAUCCUCUGGUCCCCCUCCUCCUCCACAGCGACAGACACCUCCCCCUCCGCUCCCCCUACAGCCAGCCAAUCAGCGAGCCCGUUGCCCGGCAGGCCGACCCUCCCUCCUGGACACGCCCCUGUUACCACGGCAACAGCGUUUCCAGGCAACCGGUGAAGAAGCCGCUGAACGCCUUCAUGCUCUACAUGAAGGAGACGCGACACCAAGUGCUGCAGGAAGGACGGGAGAAGGAGAGCUCCGCCAUAAACCGCAUCCUGGGACGCCGGUGGCACGCUCUGCCUCGAUCGGAGCAGUCCCGGUUCUACGAUCUGGCCCAGAAGGAGCGACUGCUGCACAUGCAGCUCUACCCCGGCUGGUCUGCCAGGGACAACUACGGAAAGAGGAAGAGGAAGCAGCUGGCAGGAAGCUCUUCCAGGAAUACAACCAACAACCUGAAACAUUUGGAUGAACAUUUUGUUACUUUGGGUUUAAAAUUAAUCUGAACAGGCUCAAAAAUAUUCAAACAGCUCUACUAAAGCUUCUCCACAUCCUGGAUUUCACCUACAGUAUUUCAUCACUCCCGUCUUUCCCACUCCACUCCAGAAGGUGGCAGUGAUGCACCUCCACUGGUUGAAGAAGUUAAAGAGCUUGGAUGCAGCAAAAAUGUUCAACUGAGAAACAGCAGGAAAAAAAACUCUUUCCAUGACAAAGUCCUGGAUGCCAUCUUUUCUCUGUCCUGUAAAGUGAAAUUUUAUUUUCUGUUUUUUUUUUUUUUCUGCGUUUCCUCCUGACCUGAAUUUUUACCGUAAUUAGAGGUAGUUUGGGUUUUAUAUGUUGUCAUUUGCUUCCUCCUGUGUGGAUAUUUACUGUGAAAAUAAAGAAAUUUCACCAUCUGAGACUUGA